AUGGCUCAAUUUAUGACCUGUAUCAUCUCUUAUACUGAAUACCUGUUCCUCCUUUGUGUUCUUACCAAACCUCAUUCUGGGUUUAGGAUUGCAUUUAACAUGUUUGAUGCAGAUGGUAAUCAAAUUGUUGACAAAAAAGAAUUUUUAGUGUUGGAAUCUUUCUUCGCUAUACCCCGUUCUGAGAAAAAGUUUGCCCCACGAAAAGAAAAGUCAUUCAAGUCUCUACUCAGUCUGGAGCGCAUCUUCAGCUCCCAGUCUGCUAGUGGCCAGAAACAGAAGCAACAGCAAGAUCAAGAAGAACAGGAAAACGGUGCUAACAACAGCACCAGUAAUAAUGAAUUGUCUUCUGAAGGUGCAGAUGAGGAACCAGAGCCGAUCCAAGAACCUGUGGACUUACCCUUGCUCACUGUUUCAUAUUUUCUCACCUCUCUUCCUAUUUUAUAUCAGUUACCCUUGCUCACUGUUUCAUAUUUUCUCACCUCUCUUCCUAUUUUAUAUCAGUUACCAUUGAUCACUGUUUCAUAUUUUCGCACCUCUCUUCCUAUUUUAUAUCAGUUAUCCUUGCUCACUGGUUCAUAUUUUCUCACCUCUCUUCCUAUUUUAUAUCAGUUACCAUUGAUCACUGUUUCAUAUUUUCUCACCUCUCUUCCUAUUUUAUAUCAGUUAUCCUUGCUCACUGUUUUAUAUUUUCUCACCUCUCUUCCUAUUUUAUAUCAGUUAUCCUUGCUCACUGUUUCAUAUUUUCUCACCUCUCUUCCUAUUUUAUAUCAGUUACCCUUGCUCACUGUUUUAUAUUUUCUCACCUCUCUUCCUAUUUUAUAUCAGUUACCCUUGAUCACUGUUUCAUAUUUUCUCACCUCUCUUCCUAUUUUAUAUCAGUUACCCUUGCUCACUGUUUUAUAUUUUCUCACCUCUCUUCCUAUUUUAUAUCAGUUACCAUUGAUCACUGUUUCAUAUUUUCGCACCUCUCUUCCUAUUUUAUAUCAGUUACCCUUGCUCACUGUUUUAUAUUUUCUCACCUCUCUUCCUAUUUUAUAUCAGUUAUCCUUGCUCACUGUUUUAUAUUUUCUCACCUCUCUUCCUAUUUUAUAUCAGUUACCCUUGCUCACUGUUUCAUAUUUUCUCACCUCUCUUCCUAUUUUAUAUCAGUUACCCUUGAUCACUGUUUCAUAUUUUCUCACCUCUCUUCCUAUUUUAUAUCAGUUACCCUUGAUCACUGUUUCAUAUUUUCUCACCUCUCUUCCUAUUUUAUAUCAGUUACCCUUGCUCACUGUUUUAUAUUUUUCUCACCUCUCUUCCUAUUUUAUAUCAGUUAUCCUUGCUCACUGUUUUAUAUAUUCUCACCUCUCAUCCUAUUUUAUAUCAGUUACCCUUCCUCACUGUUUUAUAUUUUCUCACCUCUCUUCCUAUUUUAUAUCAGUUGUCCUUGCUCACUGUUUUAUAUUUUCUCACCUCUCUUCCUAUUUUAUAUCUGUUCCUCUUACUUACUUUUUAAAUUGUUUCCCCCUGAUUUCCUUUUUGUAUUUGAUCCCUUUCUUUGUAUUUUAUAUCUGUUACCAUUCUAACUGUUUCGUAUUUGCUCCCUCUCUUCGUAUUUUAUAUCUGUUACCCUUGCUCACUGUUUCAUAUUUUCUCACCUCUCUUCCUAUUUUAUAUCAGUUACCCUUGAUCACUGUUUCAUAUUUUCUCACCUCUCUUCCUAUUUUAUAUCUCUGUUACCCUUGCUCACUGUUUUAUAUUUUCUCACCUCUCUUCCUGUUUUAUAUCUGUUACCCUUGCUCACUGUUUCAUAUUUUCUCACCUCUCUUCCUGUUUUAUAUCAGUUACCCUUGCUCACUGUUUCAUAUUUUCUCACCUCUUCCUAUUUUAUAUCAGUUACCCUUGCUCACUGUUUCCUAUUUUCUCACCUCUCUUCCUUUACCCUUGAUCACUGUUUCAUAUUAUCUCACCUCUCUUCCUAUUUUAUAUCUGUUACCCUUGCUCACUGUUUUAUAUUUUCUCACCUCUCUUCCUGUUUUAUAUCUGUUACCCUUGCUCACUGUUUCAUAUUUUCUCACCUCUCUUCCUUUACCCUUGCUCACUGUUUCCUAUUUUCUCACCUCUCUUCCUGUUUUAUAUCAGUUACCCUUGCUCACUGUUUCAUAUUUUCUCACCUUUCUUCCUAUUUUAUAUCAGUUAUCCUUGCUCACUGUUUUAUAUUUUCUCACCUCUCUUCCUAUUUUAUAUCAGUUACCCUUGAUCACUGUUUCAUAUUUUCUCACCUCUCUUCCUAUUUUAUAUCAGUUACCCUUGCUCACUGUUUUAUAUUUUCUCACCUCUCUUCCUAUUUUAUAUCAGUUACCAUUGAUCACUGUUUCAUAUUUUCGCACCUCUCUUCCUAUUUUAUAUCAGUUAUCCUUGCUCACUGGUUCAUAUUUUUCUCCCUCUCUUCCUAUUUUAUAUCAGUUACCUUUGAUCACUGUUUCAUAUUUUCUCACCUCUCUUCCUAUUUUAUAUCAGUUAUCCUUGCUCACUGUUUUAUAUUUUCUCACCUCUCUUCCUAUUUUAUAUCAGUUAUCCUUGCUCACUGUUUCAUAUUUUCUCACCUCUCUUCCUAUUUUAUAUCAGUUAUCCUUGCUCACUGUUUUAUAUUUUCUCACCUCUCUUCCUAUUUUAUAUCAGUUAUCCUUGCUCACUGUUUUAUAUUUUCUCACCUCUCUUCCUAUUUUAUAUCAGUUACCCUUGCUCACUGUUUCAUAUUUUCUCACCUCUCUUCCUAUUUUAUAUCAGUUACCCUUGCUCACUGUUUUAUAUUUUCUCACCUCUCUUCCUAUUUUAUAUCAGUUACCCUUGAUCACUGUUUCAUAUUUUCUCACCUCUCUUCCUAUUUUAUAUCAGUUACCCUUGCUCACUGUUUUAUAUUUUCUCACCUCUCUUCCUAUUUUAUAUCAGUUACCCUUGAUCACUGUUUCAUAUUUUCUCACCUCUCUUCCUAUUUUAUAUCAGUUACCCUUGCUCACUUUACCCUUGAUCACUGUUUCAUAUUUUCUCACCUCUCUUCCUAUUUUAUAUCUGUUACCCUUGCUCACUGUUUUAUAUUUUCUCACCUCUCUUCCUGUUUUAUAUCUGUUACCCUUGCUCACUGUUUCAUAUUUUCUCACCUCUCUUCCUGUUUUAUAUCAGUUACCCUUGCUCACUGUUUCAUAUUUUCUCACCUCUCUUCCUAUUUUAUAUCAGUUACCCUUGCUCACUGUUUCAUAUUUUCUCACCUCUCUUCCUGUUUUAUAUCAGUUACCCUUGCUCACUGUUUCAUAUUUUCUCACCUUUCUUCCUAUUUUAUAUCAGUUACCCUUGAUCACUGUUUCAUAUUUUCUCACCUCUCUUCCUAUUUUAUAUCAGUUACCCUUGCUCACUGUUUUAUAUUUUCUCACCUCUCUUCCUGUUUUAUAUCUGUUACCCUUGAUCACUGUUUCAUAUUUUCUCACCUCUCUUCCUGUUUUAUAUCAGUUACCCUUGCUCACUGUUUCAUAUUUUCUCACCUCUCUUCCUAGUUUAUAUCAGUUACCCUUGAUCACUGUUUCAUAUUUUCUCACCUCUCUUCCUAUUUUAUAUCAGUUACCCUUGCUCACUGUUUUAUAUUUUCUCACCUCUCUUCCUGUUUUAUAUCUGUUACCCUUGCUCACUCUUUCAUAUUUUCUCACCUCUCUUCCUGUUUUAUAUCAGUUACCCUUGCUCACUGUUUCAUAUUUUCUCACCUCUCUUCCUAUUUUAUAUCAGUUACCCUUGCUCACUGUUUCAUAUUUUCUCACCUCUCUUCCUGUUUUAUAUCAGUUACCCUUGCUCACUGUUUCAUAUUUCUCACCUCUCUUCCUGUUUUAUAUCAGUUACACUUGCUCACUGUUUCAUAUUUUCUCACCUCUUCCUAUUUUAUAUCAGUUACCCUUGAUCACUGUUUUAUAUUUUCUCACCUCUCUUCCUAUUUUAUAUCUGUUACCCUUACUCACUGUUUUAUAUUUUCUCACCUCUCUUCCUGUUUUAUAUCAGUUACCCUUGCUCACUGUUUCAUAUUUUCUCACCUCUCUUCCUGUUUUAUAUCUGUUACCCUUGCUCACUGUUUCAUAUUUUCUCACCUCUCUUCCUAUUUUAUAUCAUUACACUUGCUUACUAUUUAAAUUGGCUCCCUUCAUUUCCUUUUAUAUUUCCUCCCCUCUCUUUGUAUUUUAUAUCAGUUCCCCUCUCUUCCUAUUUUAUAUCUGUCCUCCUCUCUUUGUAUUUUAUAUCUGUUCCCAUCUCUCCCUAUUUUGCGUCAGUCCCCUCCCUUCCUCUUGUAUAUCAGUCCCCCCUCUCUUCUUAUUUUAUAUCUGUUCAUCUCUCUUCCUAUUUUAUACCUGUCCCACUCUCUUCCUAUUUUAUACCUGUCACCCUCUAUUCCUAUUUUAUAUCUGUCCUCCUCUCUUCCUAUUUUAUAUCAGUUCGCCUCUCUUCCUAUUUUAUAUUGCUCAGGUUAUUUUUCUAUUUUUCUUUUCCUCCUAUUUCACUGUUUUAUGUCUUCCUCUCUUACCAUUUUAUGUCUGUUUUUUCUAUUAA